GCCUGCGCAGAGGCGAGCAGGCGCCGGUUGGUGGCUGGUGCUCCGCAGUGGGGGAGAGGCGGCGGCGGCCGGUCCCAGCAGCGCAGCGGUCGCAGGCCGGCGGGUAGUGCCCAGCGUAGCCAUGUCUGUGGUCGGCAUCGACCUCGGCUUCUUGAACUGCUACAUCGGCGUGGCGCGGAGCGGCGGCAUCGAGACCAUCGCCAACGAGUACAGCGACCGCUGCACCCCAGCAUGUAUAUCUCUAGGAUCCAAGACACGGGCCAUUGGGAAUGCAGCAAAGAGCCAGAUUGUUACAAAUGUAAAAAAUACACUGCAUGGCUUCAAAAAGCUGCACGGAAGAGCAUUUGAAGAUCCUUACAUACAAGCUGAAAGAGCCAAACUUCCUUACGAACUUCAGAAGAUGCCAAAUGGCUCAGUAGGAGUAAAGGUGAGAUACCUGGAUGAAGAGAGGCUGUUUGCAGUGGAACAAAUUACAGGAAUGUUACUGGCCAAACUUAAAGAGACUUCAGAAAGUGCUCUGAAGAAACCAGUGGCAGACUGUGUAAUUUCAGUACCAAGUUUUUUCACUGACACGGAGAGAAGGUCUGUAAUGGCAGCUGCUCAGAUUGCAGGAUUAAAUUGUCUGAAGCUAAUGAAUGAAACUACAGCAGUUGCUCUAGCCUAUGGGAUAUACAAGCAAGAUCUACCGGCUUUGGAGGAGAAGCCGAGGAAUGUGGUCUUUGUCGAUAUGGGGCAUUCUGCGUAUCAGGUUUCAAUCUGUGCUUUUAACAAGGGAAAACUGAAGGUCUUAGCUGCUACCUUUGACCCUUUCUUAGGUGGCAGGAAUUUUGAUGAGGCUUUGGUAGACUACUUCUCCGAGGAAUUUAGGACAAAAUACAAACUGAAUGUAAAAGAGAAUCCCCGAGCACUGCUCAGAUUGUAUCAGGAAUGUGAAAAACUAAAGAAGCUUAUGAGUGCAAAUGCUUCUGACCUUCCGCUGAAUAUAGAGUGCUUCAUGAAUGACCUUGAUGUCUCUAGUAAGAUGAACAGAGCUCAGUUUGAGCAGUUGUGUGCAGCCCUUCUGUCUCGAGUGGAGCCUCCUCUAAGAGCAGCCAUGGAACAAGCUAGACUUCACCGUGAAGAUAUCUACAGUAUAGAAAUAGUUGGUGGGGCUACUCGAAUUCCAGCAGUGAAGGAACAGAUCUCUAACUUUUUCUGUAAAGAAAUAAGCACCACACUAAAUGCUGACGAAGCUGUUGCAAGAGGCUGUGCCUUGCAGUGUGCAAUUCUUUCCCCAGCUUUUAAAGUGCGGGAAUUUUCCAUCACUGAUGUUGUUCCAUAUUCCAUAACAUUGAGAUGGAAAUCGUCUUACGAAGAAGGAACAGGGGAAUGUGAAGUCUUCUGCAAGAACCAUUCUGCUCCAUUCUCAAAAGUAAUUACUUUUCACAAGAAAGAGCCUUUUGACCUGGAAGCUUUCUACACCCAUCCGCAUGAAGUGCCUUAUCCUGACUCCAGAAUAGGGCGUUUCACUAUUCAGAAUGUUGGUCCCCAGCAUGAUGGUGACAACUCCAAAGUGAAAGUUAAAGUGCGUGUCAAUAUUCAUGGCCUUUUCAGCGUGGCCAAUGCUUCCAUAAUAGAAAGGCAGAACGUCGAGGGAGAUCACAAUGAUGCACCGAUGGAUACUGAGUCAUCAACUAAGAACCAAGGCAGAGAAGAUGAGCUGGAUAAAAUGCAAGUUGAUCAAGAUGAAGGUGCUCAGAAAAGUCAGGCUGAACAGCAGAGCCAGGCAGACGAGGAAACCGAAAAUGCAGGAAUUGAAACAAAGGCUUCUUCUGGAGACAAACAAGAUCAUCCAACCCUGCCAAGGGCUAAAACAAAAGUCAAGAGUAUUGACCUACCUAUCCAGGCAAGCCUCUAUAGGCAACUGGGACAAGAUCUUAUCAAUUGUUAUAUAGAAAAUGAGGGGAAAAUGAUGAUGCAAGACAAGCUUGAGAAAGAAAGGAAUGAUGCUAAGAAUGCUGUUGAAGAAUAUGUGUAUGACUUCAGAGACAAACUGUGCGGAGUCUUUGAGAAAUUCAUCACUGAAGAAGAUACAAACAAGCUGACCUUGAUGUUGGAAGACACAGAAAACUGGCUUUAUGAAGAUGGAGAGGACCAGCCAAAGCAAGUGUACAUGGAUAAGCUCCAGGAACUAAGAAAAUUUGGACAGCCUAUUCAGGAAAGAUACAUGGAACAUGAGGAGAGACCAAAAGUUUUAAAUGAACUGGGGAAGAAGAUUCAGCUCCUUAUGAAAGCAGUAGAAGCAUACAAAAAUAAGGAUGAAAAAUAUGAUCACCUAGAUCCUGCUGAGAUGGAAAAAGUUGAAAAAUACAUUAGUGAGGCCAUGAACUGGUUGAACACCAAAAUGAAUGCACAGAACAAACUAAGCCUAACUCAAGAUCCCAUUGUCAAAGUGGCAGAAAUAAUAUCAAAAUCAAAGGAGUUGGAUAGCUUCUGUAAUCCCAUUAUAUACAAGCCCAAACCGAAGAUAGAACCUCCCAAUGAUGGGCAGUCAAAAGCUAAUGGUGAACAUAAUGGACCAGUGAAUGGACAGAGCAGCACUGAAACAGGACCUGAUCCAGCGAAGGACAAUUCUCAGCAGACCAAACCAUCUGGAGAAAUGGAAGUGGACUAAAUCUUGUGUUUCCAUUACUAAAAAUAGUGCACAGGGUCCAUUCUUUUGGUACACACCUCAGAUGUUCAGUUACUCUUAGCCAACCUUCUGUCAUUUGUUGCUGAGUAGUUUUGGAAGUGUUUCAUAUUAAGUACACCUCUGAUGUUCAUUUCCACUGAUGCUGCUUAUGUGGAGCUUUAGCCAAAUGUAGAUUGUAUAAGUCAGUUUAAGCUUUCCCAAUAUAUUUUAUAUCAAAACAUACAGAAUUGAUAUAUAAAUGGCAACAAUCUACCUUAUUUAAAGCUUUUAUUGUGGAUAAACCUCAGCUCCUUUAUUCAGGAAAGGAUACUGUAUUGCACUACUGAUGCUCAAGUGUAGAUCUAAUUGCAUCUUUAUUUUGGAAAAAUAUUGGAAUUGAAGUGGCAACGCUUGUCACUUGAAGCACUGACCUUUUCUAGUUAUUGUAUUGUUAUAAUUUAAAUAUUAAAAUAGAGGUUAGUUGGCAUACUAGUCCAUCUUGUUGAUGUACCAUGAAAAUUGUACGGUCUCUUUCAUAUAAACUAAUACAAGCAUAAACAUUUUUUUUAGAUUCCCAUACCACUAACAAUCUUAGAAAAUACCAGUGUAAUGGCUCUGCCAUUUGCUGAAAUUAAGUGAAUGGUCUCAUUGCACACUGCUGUACAUAACGGACUGUGCUUAUAGGAUGAUGCUAAUGAUAAUAGUAUCAAGUGGUAGAAUAUACAAGGACUUACAUAGCUUUCCCUUGAAAAUGUCUUGCUGCACAUGUUACCAUUUCCACUUGGUUUGUUUUGAAUGAAAUCUACAUCUUGAUUGCAUAUCAUGCUGGGGAUGAGAAACAGCAGAAAUUGUGCUGUGUGAGCUGGAUAUUGGGCUAAUGUUGAGGUUGCUUAAGUGCUGUCUGUUGCAAACUUGAAACAAAUACUAAGCGCUUAUUUAAGCCAUGGUACUUGGCAUACAAUCCUUUUGGUCAAGGAUCUAAACAGAAGAAUAUGCAAACUGGAUAUUACUACUCUAAAGAUAAAAAUCUACUUGAUGAAUUUGCAUAGCUUAUCAGUUAUCCUUGUUCAUCUACUUGAUCUAAUGGAAGUGUCUAUUAUGUAUUAUACAGCUCAGUCACUAGUUUCUUUGAUCUGUCUUGGACAUCAUCAAGAUCCAGUGUACAUUCAUAUAUACUGAAUGCUUCAAGCCAGUCACGGCGGUACUGUAGCACUUGUUAAAACAAGCCACUCCUCUUUUGCUUUAAGCAGCUCUAUUGCCAGAAUAGAAAUUGACUACUUUAUGGAAAAUAGUUUAUUAGCCAAGUUAGCAUAGCUGACUGAGAUGAGUUGCAGUGUAACGCUUCAGUGACUUGAACUCCAUUGCAGAAAUGGAUGUAGCUGUUAAGGCAUCCCAUAUAACCUUGCUGCUGCUGUAAACAAGCAAAAGUCAUGCUCUUGCUUGCAGUUCUGGCAGCCAUUUUAUUUUCAGCCAUGCCCUGAUAUUUCACCACUGUUCCUGCUCUCUGGUCUCUGACACAGACUGCAGCUGAUAGAGCGAACUGUAUUAAGCACCAUCUUCACAGAGAAAGGAAGCAUCACACGCAGCUACUGAAGUAACUCAGGCACUAGAGUCAUACUUCAUGAGUGAUACAAGUGACUGACCCAUAAACAGCUCCCCUACCAGCUGUGUGUGGUCUGGUGCCUUUUGUUUACGUAUUUAAAGCCUUUGUACAAAAUUUGAGUGGUGUUGAACUGUAGCUGCUCUGCAAUCUCAGUCUUGAUUUCCUCUGCUAUAAUUCAGACAUCUUUGGCAUCAGAGUGACUGUACUUUAGUGUCAGCUGUCCCUAGCGUAAGCCAGUACAUAACUGGGCAAAAGCUUUGGUCCUGUAGGCUUUUUGAAUAUCUUUCAUGAAUAUCUUAAUGGCUUUAACACAGUAAUGACUGGCGUUCUUAAGUACUGGCUUCCUGAAACCCAUCUAAACAAUAUUUUCUCAAGUAGACUUGCUGAUACCUGGCAGGUGAAGAGCUUAGACAGUGGGAAUCUCCAGAAUGAACUCUCCAAUAAUUGGAGAUGAAAAUGUCAUAUAUAAGGAAAAAUUCCUUAUUAUGCUCUUAAUGGUUAAAUGUUCAAUAUGGUAUUACAGGUGGUACUGGUGGCGAAAGCCUUCUUUAAGCAUGAAGGACAGAGUAAUUUUACAGCUGCUUAGUGUCUCAAGCUUAAAAGCAGGCAUAGUAAAGAGAGUCUCAGUAAGGUUUUCGUACAAAAAUAGUCAUGUUUUUGCUGUGCAUCUGCUCUGUCUCUGGAUCCCUGUGGUCCGCUGCCUGCACUCAUCAGGUAGCAACUGGUCGCUGGUCACAAAAUACAUGUUACAAAUCCCAUCUGUAAGGGCAAACUUGUUCUUACUACAAUGGAGGUAAAAUUAGCGCAUUAACAUAUGACUUGUUAAUGACUAAUCUGUUUUCUGUUACAAAGAGGAAAGCUUUACCAUAUAGGGUUCUCAACUACUUGAACCAUGCACAACUUGCACAAGAGGUUUUGCACGCUGGACUCCAGUGAGUUACCUUUGGCCACCCUGAUGGGCUGCUCCAGAAUGAAUAUCUUCCAGUAUAACACAAAUAACUGUGGUGGCUGACAGUAGCGUACAACCUUGCAUCUUACAACAGCUAUUCUUUUUUCAUACUUAGUAAUCUUUUGAGGGGAAAACAUAUAUCUAAUGUUUGAAGCGGUUCCCUCCAUCUCAUAAGAAAAAAAAAAAAAACAAAAACACAGCAACACUAAUGCCA